UGCCACCGUGCGGCAAUCACUGCGUGCAGGGCAGGGCAUUCUUUCUUCGACAGAUCAUCCUGCAUCGACCAGAGCACUGCCCGAUCGCUUGUCCGAAGGUAUCAAGGCGGAAGAGCACCGGUGAAUGCACAACAGACGGCGGUGUCAUUUUGUUCGCCGACACGCAGGGAAUCAUGUUCUCCUUCUGUGAAAGGCAACGACCGCGGCGCCUGCGAAUCCUAGCCGCGUCCUUCUCGGUGGUGGCAUGUGCAAAAGCCACGCCACCCACCGGUGACGCCCCGGCCUCGGUUUCCACAGGGGACUUUCUCUUCGAGGAGGUCCCCCAUUCGGAGUUUUCGGAUUGCGAGCUCGGAUGCGCCAACGGCGGAUACUGCCGGUUCGUGCACGGGACGGAAGAGGAUCUCGCCCGCGCGGCGAUGAGCGGGGCGCUGGUCGAGAGCUGCCGGUGUCCGGAGGGAUUCACGGGCAAGACCUGCCAGUUCUUGGCCGGAGCCGACGUGCCGCCGGAACGGAGGUGCCAGGGCGACGAAACCAAUGCCGAAACGCAAGCCUCGUUUCACGGGUGCGAUUGCGCCUUCGCCGAUGCCGUCUCGGAUUUUGCCGGGGCGAUGUGCCGGAGCCCCGUCACCGAGUACUGCGGGGGGGGCUUUGGCGUCCAAAGCCGCGCUUCGGUUUCCUUUUGCACGAACGGGGGGCGGUGCCGCAAGGACGUGAUCGAGGCGACGUUUUUGCCGAAAGAUCCCGAGGGCGGGCGCAGCAGCGACGGCACCCCGGGGUGCCUCUGCCCCAGAAAUUUCUACGGCCCGCACUGCGAGUUCUUGCGAAUGGAUCCCAGCGACGGAAACCUCGUCUUUGCCGAAGUGGAGGUAGCGCCCGACGACGACACGCGGCUUUCGGGAGGAACGGAUCCAUCGUCGACAUCGCCAUCCGCAUCGUCGUUGCGAUCCACGGUAGAUUACGAAACUGCGACAAAAUCACGCGGGGCAGCAACUUUGGUCUUCCUGCUUGCUCCCGUCACGAUCGGCCUCUUGGCUCUUUCGGUGUGCGUUUCUAGAACCUUUCUCGCCCGUCACCCCGGAGCAGCCCACCGCACCGGCAUGCUGCAACGAGCGCGUCUUUUCUUGCGGAGAUCCAACGGCUCGAAGGACCACAAGACCGGUGCUCUGUCGUCGUCGUUGUCUUCGAAACCCUGGGACGGCCGGUCCGACACCUCGAGCGAUUGCAGCGACAACGGGUACCGCCAUUGUUGUUCGUACGCAGACGACGAGAACAAAGUCUUCGACCAGGUCAAUUUCAACGAGGAGGACGAACUCGGCAUCGCAUCGAUGGCGAGCAGACUAGACCUCGGGCCCAUUGACGAAGACACCGAACGCCCAGACGCCUUUUAGCAACAAACCACGAGGCGCGCCGUGUAUCUAUGUAUCGAUUGCAUCGUGUAUCCAAAGUUUGGAGAUUGGCUCUCAUCUGGACGGAUCUCGAUGGCGGUUUGUUGCAAUCAUCAGUUUAAAUAGUGUGACAAUUAGUAAAGAAUAGAUAAUGCUUGCAGAU